AGCUCCCACUUCAACCAAAACAAAAACCCGCGUCUCAAUAUUCUUAUUUUCUUUUUCUAGAUUUCUCCCUCUAAUCCAAUCCAAUCAAAUCCGCUGUUACUCGCUUUCUCUUUCUAAUCCUAACCCAACUAAACCCAAAAAAGCCCUUUCUCUCCUCUCUUAAGCGCUUUUUCUGUUUUGUUCUUUAUAUCUCUCAGUUCCUUAAUCUAAAUCUUGUUCUGUUAUCACUACAAAUGAAGCCACUUUAAAGAUCACCUUUUUUUUUUUUGUCAAUGCUGGAUCUGUUAAGGCCUCUUCAUGUUUCAACUGAUAUGAAGGUGAAAAUUUGUUAAUUUUGUUAAUGAGAAUGGAUAGGGUUUUGGCACUGGGGUUGUGGAAAUGUUGACACCUAAACUGCCAUGAGCCAGGCUGAAGUUUCGAGGAUGAAAACUCCUCUCAUUCCACUUGGGACCUUGAUUGGUCGUGAGCUUAGGAAUGAGAAGGUUGAGAAACCAUUCGUGAAGUAUGGACAAGCUGCUUUGGCUAAGAAAGGAGAGGAUUACUUUCUGAUUAAACCUGACUGCCAGAGGAUUCCUGGGGACGCGUCAACAUCAUUUUCUGUGUUUGCGAUUUUUGAUGGGCAUAAUGGUAUAUCAGCUGCUAUCUUCGCAAAGGAGAACUUGCUGGACAAUGUUUUGAGUGCGAUUCCCCAGGAAAGUAGUCGGGAAGAGUGGCUUCAAGCGCUUCCUCGAGCACUAGUUGCAGGUUUUGUGAAAACUGACAUAGAGUUUCAGCAGAAACGGGAAACCUCUGGCACAACUGUGACAUUUGUUGUGAUAGAUGGGUGGACUGUGACUGUUGCCUCUGUGGGGGAUUCACGAUGUAUAUUGGACACCCAAGGGGGUGUAGUUUCCCUAUUGACAGUUGAUCACCGGCUCGAAGAAAAUGCAGAAGAAAGGGAGCGUGUAACUGCAAGUGGGGGUGAAGUAGGAAGGCUUAAUGUUUUUGGGGGGAAUGAGGUUGGUCCCUUGCGCUGCUGGCCGGGUGGAUUAUGUCUUUCUAGGUCAAUUGGAGAUACAGAUGUCGGUGAAUUCAUUGUCCCAAUACCACAUGUAAAGCAAGUAAAGCUAUCAAAUGCAGGGGGAAGACUCAUUAUUGCUUCUGAUGGUAUUUGGGAUGCUUUAUCUUCUGAUAUGGCUGCAAAGUCUUGUCGGGGUUUACCUGCAGAGCUUGCUGCCAAGUUGGUUGUUAAGGAGGCUUUAAGGUCAAGGGGCCUGAAAGAUGAUACAACAUGCCUUGUUGUUGAUAUAAUCCCAUCGGAUGUUCCCGUAUUACCUCCUAUCCCAAGGAAGAAGCAAAGCAUGCUUACUUCACUUUUUGGAAAGAAACCUCUUAAUUCUUUGAACAAAACAACAAAUAAACUUUCUGCUGUAGGAGUGGUGGAGGAAUUGUUUGAAGAGGGUUCUGCUAUGCUUGCGGAAAGGUUGGGUAAAGAUUUUCCUUCAAAUACAAAUUCUGGGUUGUACAGAUGUGCUGUAUGCCAAGUAGAUCAAACCCCUACUGAUAGUUUAUCAGUAAACUCAGCAUCUUUUUUCUCACCUGGAUCAAAGCCAUGGGAAGGCCCCUUCCUCUGCCCUAACUGUCGAAAGAAGAAAGAUGCCAUGGAAGGGAAAAGGCCUAGCAGACCCACAGUCAUUGCAUAGCAAAUUAUCUGGUAACAGAGUAAAUAUUUUUCAAAAUUUUUUUGCUGGAAGUGUGAUCAUGCUUGGUUUUUUUACCUUCUAGUAAUGAUUGUAAUAGAUGUAUAAGAAAUGAGGUAGAGAUAUAGCGCGUAGGUGUUUUGUUUCUACAAUUGGUUGUGUUGAUUCUGGGGUUUUUUUCUCCAAGCUUUUUGUUAAACUGACAAAGGACAGAGAUGCUAUCCGAUAGAUACGUUUGUGAUAGUAUGGUCGCUAACAGCUUGAAGUUGUAAGUAAAAAAGGUGGCAUUGUGAUGUGUCCAUCACAGCAGCAGCUUCUUCGUUGUGUUCAAGUGCAAAGUUGUUAUCUUGUGCAUUUUUACUUAUUAUUUACUUCCAUAUACAAAUGUAUUAGGGGAAGAAACAACAACAAUAUAUUAAGAAUUGGUAUUAUCUA